UACACUCUCUUCCACACAACAUACUCAUCAGUAUCCUUCUCAUCCAAUUCAUAGAUUAAGCUUACAAUGGCAGCCAAUUCGCUUCUCCUCCUCCUCUCCCUCUCUCUUACCAUCUUCUUCGUCCCGACGUCCCUCGCCGCCGACGCCGACCCCCUCCAGGACUUCUGCGUCGCCGACUUGCACUCCCCCGUCGUCGUGAAUGGCUUCCCGUGCAAGCCGAACUUCACCGUCGUCUCCGACGACUUCUUCUCCUCCGCGAUAUCCGUGGCGGGAGACACCAACAACAUGUUCGGGUCGAGCAUCACCCCGGCCAACGUGCUGAGCUUCCCGGGGUUGAACACGCUCGGGUUGUCGAUGAACCGGGUGGAUAUUGCCCCCGGUGGGGUGAACCCUCCGCACGUUCACCCCCACGCGACCCAGCUAGGGUUCGUCGUCGAGGGGAAGGUGCUCGUCGGGUUCGUGACGACCGCAGGGGUGUUCUACUCCAAGGUGCUCGGCCCGGGGAUGAACUUCAUCAUCCCGCGGGGGCUCAUGCACUUCGAGCUCAACAUCGGGGAGGGGAAGGCGCUGGAGAUCACCGCGUUCAAUAGCCAGUUGCCGGGGACGGUGGUGUCGUCGGUGACGCUGUUCGGGUCGAAGCCCCCGAUCCCCGACGCCGUGCUCAGCAGGACCUUCCAGGUGGACAACCAGAUCAUCGACCUCAUCAAAUCCAAGUUCGGAAACUAAUUAAUCAUUUAGUUAUGAUAUAUUUGAAUGGUAUUUAAUUACGUAAAAGUUCUACGAAUGCAUUUGUGCAAUGUGUACGUACGUGCGUGUGUUGUUUUGUGUAGUUCAAUAAUGGCUAGCUAAUAAGGUGAUUUGCUCGUCCUUGUUCUUGGGGGAGUAUGUUAUUAGUCUUUAAUAUUUCAUGGAAUAAAAUAUUGGCUUUUUUCUGUGUGUA